CGGUAAAAUAAUAGCCGUCCUGGCUCGCUGCCAACGCUGCUUCACGGGUGAGACGAUGGAGAAGGGGAACGGCGAUUUUGUCUCCGUGUGUCCGACCUGUGGCCGACUUGCCGACUUUUUUUUGGUUCUUGGUGGCCCUUAUGUAAGCGGGAUGCUUGGGCGUCAAAGGUUCAAUUGGAUUGGAGAGUUUUCCUUCAGGCAGACGAAAAGGGAAGUGGGAAAGAAAGGAACAAGAAAUGGAAACGUUCUUUAUUUCUAAUUCGGGAAGUCAAUUGGUUCUUGUCUAGUACCGGGACUAAAAAAGGAGGCUUUGCUUCAUCUGCCAAGGAAAAAGGGAAAAGAGAGAGAAAAGGGAUUGAGCG